AUGACCGAAGGCAAAGUGCCUCAAGUCCUGCAGAUCGUUCCACCUAGGGAGCUCGUUUUUCAAGGUAAUUUUUAUAACUCGCUCAUUUCUUCUCAGCUCUGAGCUGAGGAAUUCAGCACGCUGUAUGGAUUACAUUCGUAAAACCAAAUUCCCCAUUUUCUACGAUUUUUCUUAAUUUUUUCAUUUUUUUUUUUGGUCUUUUUUUUCGGUCUUUUUUUCGGUAGUACACAUGCUAGAUGAAAAAUUUUUUAGAUAAAAAAAAUAUAAUGUUUUAAAAGUAUAUAUAAAAUAAGAAGUUUCAUGGAAAUUUUCAGUGUUCCUUCGCCGUUUAAAGAUUGCGUUACGGCCGCAAUUAAAAUUAUAAACAAAAAACCAUAAUCAGGAAAAUAAAGUUAUUCAAGAAAAACCUUAAUAAGACUCGAUUUAGGCUCUAUUUUGGUUUAUCGCCUUUCUAUGAUUGAUAUUAUCUUUUAUUUUAAUAGGGAACCACGGCGACAAGUUUCAAGUUAAAACUUUGGUGGCCUGUAGACCUGGGUAAGAGUUUAGAAAUGAGAGAGAUUUUCUGCUAGCCCCAUAGGCUUCUGAGAAAAAGCUUUCCGUGAACCAAGAAUGAAUCCCGUACGCAGAUUAUCUCUUCUGAUUCCAAGAGCUUUCACCUACGUCUAUAAGCCGCCAAAGUUUCAACCUGCUCCCGAGUCCGAGUAGUUCUUCAGUUCUAAUUACUAAUGCGAGAAUACGAGCGAAAAACAAUUUUUGAAAAAGUUUAUAAUGAACCUAUAAAAAAAGUGAAAAUUUCAUGGAGCGAAGAUUAUUCGGGGCGCGAAUUUUCUCUGGACGCUCAUUAGGCUCACAAUUCUGCGCUGAAAAAUAUGAGAUUUUUUCCUCUAAGUUCAUAUAAUCAAUUCUCCCGACUUUGAACACGGUGUGGCUAGAUUGGCAAGGGUUACGUGAGCAACACUUUGCCAAUUCACUCAUCUCGCCUUUGAGGUCGUGAAGGUUCGACUAUAUUUUUCCUGAUAAGCGGAAAAAAAUCUUCCCUAGUGAGGGUUUCGGAAUUAUGAUAAAUUUUUUUAAAGAAUCUAAUAUCAUCUGCUUUUUUUGAGGGCCUUUCACGGAUGUUGUAACGUCUUUCAUGACUCUGCGCAAUCCUACGUCAAAGUCGGUGUGUUUCAAAGUAAAGACAACUGCUCCGAAACAGUACUGUGUACGACCAAAUUCCGGUUCGUUAUAACAAAAAAAAAAUCGCUUAAAUAAGAUUGCUUGAAAUUCUCUAGGAGUUAUCGCGCCUGGUGAAUCGAAAGUAGUGACUGUCAUGCUGCAACCGAUCGAUUCAAUCCCAGUGGACGCGAACAAGCACAAGUUCAUGGUCCAAUCCUGUGCUGCUCCUAGCGACGAAGUCGACAACCUAGACGUUUUCUGGAAGGUAUAAUUUUUUUUUUUUAAAUAGUAUUCUAGCCAAUAACGAGUUAUCGUUGUUUCUAGAGUAUCAAUCCUGCCGACUUGAUGUAUAGUAAACUCAUGGUUGUCUUCGCGGAUAAAAGAAAUUCCGGAGACGCUGAAACCCAUGAGAAUCAUUCAGUCAAAGAAGAAAGCGCCGCCUCUGUGACCUACGUCGGGUAGUUCUCUUUUUUUUUUGUUCGAUCAACUUCAUGUUUUCAGAGAAUCAGCCUCCUCUCCUAGCACUGUAACGGGUGAUUCUUCAGCUGCCCUAGUAUGUUUUUAAUGAUUUCGAGCUUUUUAUCUAAAUAUUUCAGAGGAAAUCCUUGUCGGCGGCGUUAGAGGAUAAGGAUCGUGCUCUGAGGAAGUUGGAAACCCUCCAGAAAGAACUAGAAGAACUUUUCAAAGUAGGAGUCUAUUUCAUUUAAUCAAUCUUAGUCAGAACGCCCCGUAAAGUUACUCAAACGAUAAUUUUUACAGCAAAAUCGCAAGUUGCAACAAAAAAGCGAAGGAGUUGCAGAAAUCGGAAUCCCAACACUUCAGGUUGGUUUUAAAAGAUUUCGUUCAUAAAACAAUGCUUCAGGUUGUUCUUAUGGCGGUCGCAGCCCUGCUCAUUGGCUUAAUUUUUGGGAGAAUGUUUUAA